ACAUUAUGUGUGUAUAUAUAUUGAAGUGGCCCCCUACAGAAGCCGGGCAACUUGCGGAUUCGUCUGUAUAAUCCAAAUCUUUGCGAGUUUCGACCCAGCCUGAGCCUGAGGUUGGUUACGGAAAAUGCCUUUCUAACAAAUACCGUUUGUUUCAUUCCUUUUCAAUUUUCCCACCUCCAUAGACGCACCACCAUUGCUCUCUUCUUCUUCUUCUUCGUCUUCAUUCUUCGUCUUCUCCUCUCUCUCUCCACAUUCUGCAAUGGACGUCGACGACAAACCCAUCGACCGUUGCAGUUCCAGAAAACUCCAAACCAAUAACAACUCCGUCUCCGGAACCGGAACCGACUUCUUGGAGACCAACAAGGCCGACAGAGCAAUGUGGCUCUUGAAAUGCCCCCAGGCCGUUACUCGCGCCCUUUCUAAUUCGCCGGAUGGCCCUUCUCGUCCGGUCGCCAAGGUCAUCGUCUCCGUCGACCCUCUGCAAUCCAAUGACGACGACGAUUCUUCAUCUACUGAGUUCACUAUGGAAUUGGCUGGCACUGAUUCUGGAAAUUCAUUAAGGUCCUACUCAUUGAAUAUGUCGACAGACUUCAUUCCAAUGUCGGUAUUUUCCGAGUCACCACCAGGGAAGUUUACAGUUGAGGGGAAAAUACUGAACAAAUUUGACAUGAAGCCCCAUGAUCAAAAUCUUGAGAGGUAUGGGAAACUCUGUCGUGAAAGAACUCACAAGUCUAUGACCAAAAGCAGACAGAUUCAGGUGAUUGAUCAUGUCACAGGAGGACAUAUGAGGCCUAUGCCAGGGAUGGAUGUGACGUCUUUUGGAGCUGCAGAGAAGAAGAAAGUGGUGAGCAAGGGAUCGGAAACAAAGAGGUUGAGAAAGGAGCGUGGCGAAUUGGAGAAGAUUAUUUUUAGGCUCUUUGAAAGACAACCAUAUUGGACGUCGAAACAAUUGAUUCAAGAGACUGACCAACCUGAACAAUAUAUGAAAGAAAUACUUAAAGACCUUUGUGUCUACAACAACAAAGGUGUUCACCAAGGAACAUAUGAGCUGAAGCCAGAAUACAAGGAGUCGGGUGAUGAAACGAAAUCGCGGUAGGUUUGUUCCAAGUACUGGGAAAUGACUAUGGUACUGGCUAACCAUUUAGUGCAAGGUGUGUCUGUGAAGGGAGAGGGCUCCUUUCUUUGCUUUUUAGUCUAGGCUUUGGAUUUCCUCAUUGUGCAUCAUCAUCUCCAAUUUCUCGACUCACUAGUAACCACUGAAAUUUUGUAGAAAUGUGGAACCGUCAUCGGUUUCCUUGCAACUGUAUAUUGUACAUAGUGAUCACGGUUGGUUGCUUGUGAUCAUAUAUCUGCUGUUCUGCUGUUACAAGUUCUUUUGUAAUUUGUAAGUAUUGAUUGGAUAUGGCCUGAAUUAAGGUUCUGUUGUUUGCAGGCUCUUGUAUGCAUUUCCUAUCAUAUUUUA